AUGGUAAGAUACUGCAUAGCUAUUCGUGGAAAACCCAAAGACGAGACCUUGGCGAUCGAGUUUUCCGAGCACGAGAUGGACAUUACAUCGAAAUUGGAACAGCUGUCCGAGGAAUAUCUAUGCUACGUCAACCCUAAAGGACAGGUUCCAGCACUGACUAGCCCAUCUCUUCCGGAACCAAUCUAUGAUAGCGUGAAGAUUACGCACUAUCUUGCCCGCUUGUUUCCAAGCCUUAUGCCACCUUCACAUGCGGCCAUUAUAUCCUCUUUACUCGAAAGACUUCAUAGCAUUAACUUUUUCACCUUGACUUUUACGGGAAGAUCAGGCGUCGCCAAUAUCAUUGAAGAGAGGAUACUACGACUUAUAGACAGCGACGUAUCACCCCAGUAUCAGGAGGCUCUACAAUAUAAACUUGAAAUUCAACGAAAAGAGAAGAUAAACUGUGUUGGACUUGAUGAUUUAGAAGAAAUGACGAAGCGUACAGUCAGUAUAUUGGAGAUGUGUAGCGAGCAUCUAGUGGAGGGAGAAAAGUGGCUAUUUGGUUUGGAGACGCCUACUGCCCUCGACGCACACUUGGUUACGUUUAUUGCCCGAUUGAAGGACAUCAACAAAGGUGACCUGGUUCCUCAGUCGCUCUUGACAUAUGCUGCUGCCGCGCAAAAUAUGGCAGAGUGGAAAAACGUAGUGCAGGGAGGGACGAACCCAGAAAUAGGUAAAUAA